AUGUCUCCUGGUAAUAUAGGGUGUGUUCUCAUUGGUUGAGUAGUAGCUAAGUAGUCCUACACACCACCUGUGGGUCAUCAUUGCCUGUGGGUGUGUGUAUGUGCGUGCAAGUGACUGUGUGUGUGAGUGUGUGUGUGUGUAUGAAAUCUUUAUAAACAGCAAGAUGGCACAGUAAGGACCAUCAGCAGUUGGGUGACUAGAGAAAGAAACACGUCCAUCUCAAGAAUAUCCAGGUAAGACAUGAUCUGUUGAUCUGGUGCUCUCUCUCUCUCUCUCUCUCUGUCUCUCUCUCUCUCUCUCUCUCUCUCUCUCUCUCUCUCUCUCUCUCUCUCUCUCUCUCUCUCUCUCUCUCUCUCAAUUCAAUUCAAUUUCAAUUUAAGGGCUUUAUUGGCAUGGGAAACGUAUGUUAACAUUGCCAAAGCAAGUGUAGUAGAUAGUAAACAAAAGUGAAAUAAACAAUAAAUAUUAACAGUAAACAUUACACUCAGAAGUUUCAAAAGAAUAAAGACAUUUCAAAUGUCAUAUUAUGUAUAUAUACAGUGUUGUAACAAUGUGCAAAUAGUUAAAGUACAAAUGGGAAAAUAAAUAAACAUAAAUAUGGGUUGUAUUUACAAUGGUGUUUGUUCUUCACUGGUUGCCCUUUUCUUGUGGCAACAGGUCACAAAUCUUGCAGCUGUGAUGGCACACUGUGGUUUUUCACCCAGUAGAUAAGGGAGUUCAUCAAAAUUGGGUUUGUUUUCGAAUUGUUUGUGGAUCGCUGUAAUCUGAGGGAAAUAUGUGUCUCUAAUAUGGUCAUACAUUUGGCAGGAGGUUAGGAAGUGCAGCUCAGUUUCCACCUCAUUUUGCGGGCAGUGUGCACAUAGCCUGUCUUCUCUUGAGAGCCAGGUCUGCCUACGGCGGCCUUUCUCAAUAGCAAGGCUAUGCUCACUGAGUCUGUACAUAGUCAAAGCUUUCCUUAAGUUUGGGUCAGUCACAGUGGUCAGGUAUUCUGCCACUGUGUACUCUCUGUUUAGGGCCAAAUAGCAUGCUCUGUUUUUUUGUUUGUUCUUUCCAAUGUGUCAAGUAAUUCUCUUUUUGUUUUCUCAUGAUUUGGUUGGGUCUAAUUGUGUUGUUGUUGUUGUUGUUGUUGUUGUUGUUGUCCUGGGGCUGUGUGGGGUGUCUCUCUCUCUCUUCUCUCUCUCUCUAUCUCUCCUCUCGCCUCUCUCUCUCUCUCUAUCUCUCUCUCUCUCUCUCUCUCUCUCUCUCUCUCUCUCUCUCUUUCUCUUUCUCUCUGUGUGUGGCUGGGAUUCAGUCGAUUACAGAUAGUGAGUGGCUUUCAGGAUAGCGCUUUUAGAAGUGUCUUUGAUUUGCACAGCAGCAGAUAUAAAAUUGACUUUCAGUUUGGUUGAUUACACUGGAUGACUUUCUCAGCCCGGUGUUUGCUGUCAGAAACUGAAUUGUUGUCACACCAUGGGACUGACAGUUGGUAUUUCAAGUGUGAUCUCCCAUCCAUCCAGGAUUACGCUGGUGUGUUAAAUCAAACACACUUCUGAAGAGCCACUAUCUGCAAUUGAAUAAGAGCCUGUAUUUCUGCUGAUUCAGGAUGGUGUGGUGGGGGGAGAUGAUUGGAGGGACGCGAGAGCGAGAGAGAGAUAGGAGAGAGCGAAGAGAGAGAGAGAGAGAGAGAGAGACUAGAGAGGAGAGAGAGAUAGAAGAGAGAGCUCUAUUCUGAUAUUAUAGCUAGCUAUCUCUCUCUUCUCGCUCUGUCGCUGUCUGUCUGUCCCCCCUCUUCCUCCACUGAAUGAUCUGCUAAUACUGAUAAUAUAUCCUGAUCAUUAACUUUGAAUACAGUUUGGAAGUUGAGUUUUAGUUAUGGACAAGGGUAUGACAUGUUUAUAUUCCCUAAGAAGAGAAAGAGAAGCGAGAUGAAUAGAAAGCAGAUAGAGCAAUGAUAGAGAGACGGAAGAGGCAACCGCCUAUACAUGUAUGCGUUACCUCCUCUCCUCUCCUCUACUCUCAUAUCUCCAAUCUCUCCUCUCUUCUCCUCUCUCUCAGACAGUGUACCAUGGCCUCUCUCUCUCUGUCCCUGGGACUUCUGGUGCUAUGCACCCUGGCUCUUGUACAAUGUGGCCCGUAUGACGACCGCGUCAGGGUGUGGGGCAUUAGUGCCUCCAACCUGAACGGAGACAUCAUCUCCCAACCAGACCCCUACGUCAAGGUGAAUUUAUUCAUUUAUUUAACCUUUAUUUAACCAGAACAGUCAGUUAAUGAAACGUUGAUAUUUACAAUGAGGGACUGGCAGGUGGGGUGGUAAAACAGAAGAAGUACAGUAAUGUUACAGACAGGACAGGCAUCAUAACACAAAAGGACAGAGACACAGCAAUAAUCAACCACUAAACAGUAGACAGUCAGCAGUCAUUUGUUUGGAUAUCAAGUAGGCUACAGUGACGUGUGACCAUGAAAAUGUCAGUGAUUGGCUUGUUACUUGUUAGGUGAACAAACAAACAAACAAACGAAUGAACAAAUAAAUGAACAAACAAACAAACAAAUUAAUGAAUGAAUUUUAAAAUACAUACAGUGGGGAAAAAAAGUAUUUAGUCAGCCACCAAUUGUGCAAGUUCUCCCACUUAAAAAGAUGAGAGAGGCCUGUAACUAUGACAGACAAAAUGAGAAAAAAAAAUCCAGAAAAUCACAUUGUAGGAUUUGUAAUGAAUUUAUUUGCAAAUUAUGGUGGAAAAUAAGUAUUUGGUCAAUAACAAUAGUUUCUCAAUACUUUGUUAUAUACCCUUUGUUGGCAAUGACACAGGUUGCUGGUAUUUUGGCCCAUUCCUCCAUGCAGAUCUCCUCUAGAGCAGUGAUGUUUUGGGGCUGUCGCUGGGCAACACAGACUUUCAACUCCCUCCAAAGAUUUUCUAUGGGGUUGAGAUCUGGAGACUGGCUAGGCCACUCCAGGACCUUGAAAUGCUUCUUACGAAGCCACUCCUUCGUUGCCCGGGCGGUUUGUUUGGGAUCAUUGUCAUGCUGAAAGACCCAGCCACGUUUCAUCUUCAAUGCCCUUGCUGAUGGAAGGAGGUUUUCACUCAAAAUCUCACGAUACAUGGCCCCAUUCAUUCUUUCCUUUACACGGAUCAGUCGUCCUGGUCCCUUUGCAGAAAAACAGCCCCAAAGCAUGAUGUUUCCACCCCCAUGCUUCACAGUAGGUAUGGUGUUCUUUGGAUGCAACUCAGCAUUCUUUGUCCUCCAAACACGACGAGUUGAGUUUUUACCAAAAAGUUCUAUUUUGGUUUUAUCUGACCAUGUGACAUUCUCCCAAUCCUCUUCUGGAUCAUCCAAAUGCACUCUAGCAAACUUCAGACGGGCCUGGACAUGUACUGGCUUAAGCAGGGGGACACGUCUGGCACUGCAGGAUUUGUGUCCCUGGCGGCGUAGUGUGUUACUGAUGGUAGGCUUUGUUACUUUGGUCCCAGCUCUCUGCAGGUCAUUCACUAGGUCCCCCCGUGUGGUUCUGGGAUUUUUGCUCACCGUUCUUUUGAUCAUUUUGACCCCACGGGGUGAGAUCUUGCGUGGAGCCCCAGAUCGAGGGAGAUUAUCAGUGGUCUUGUAUGUCUUCCAUUUCCUAAUAAUUGCUCCCACAGUUGAUUUCUUCAAACCAAGCUGCUUACCUAUUGCAGAUUCAGUCUUCCCAGCCUGGUGCAGGUCUACAAUUUUGUUUCUGGUGUCCUUUGACAGCUCUUUGGUCUUGGCCAUAGUGGAGUUUGGAGUGUGACUGUUUGAGGUUGUGGACAGGUGUCUUUUAUACUGAUAACAAGUUCAAACAGGUGCCAUUAAUACAGGUAACGAGUGGAGGACAGAGGAGCCUCUUAAAGAAUAAGUUACAGGUCUGUGAGAGCCAGAAAUCUUGCUUGUUUGUAGGUGACCAAAUACUUAUUUUCCACCAUAAUUUGCAAAUAAAUUCAUUAAAAAUCCUACAAUGUGAUUUUCUGGAUUUUUUUUUCUCAAUUUGUCUGUCAUAGUUGAUGAAAAUUACAGGCCUCUCUCAUCUUUUUAAGUGGGAGAACUUGCACAAUUGGUGGCUGACUAAAUACUUUUUUUCCCCAAUGUAUAGAGGUUCCUCAGCCAAGUGAGCCAACUAUACAUACAUAAAAAAUCCUUGAGUAUUAAAGCACAAUCAUAAUAAAACAUGUUUAGUAAUAAAAGUCUACUGACAACAUUAACUUCCUUAGGUGUGGUGCGGCCCAUCCUUCGGUGGCAUGACCAGCAUUCUGAAGAACCAGGCCAACCCCACCUGGCCCGGCGAGUUCAACUUCCUAGACGUCAUCGACAAGUCUGUCCUGAAGCUGGAGGUGAGUUUCCUCCCUUACUAUGUAAAGUGCUUUGAGCAAUGGAAAAGCAGUUUGUAAAUCCAAUCAAUUAUGAUGAUGAUGAUGAUGAGGAAGAGGAGGAGGAUGAGGAGGAGGAGGAGAGGGAGGAGGAGAAGAAGAAGAAGAGGAAGAAGAAGAAGAGGAGGAGGAAGAGGAGGAAGAGGAGGAGGAAGAGGAGGAUUAUUAUGAUUAUGAUUAUUUAUUUUUUGUUAUUAUUGUUAUUAUAAUUUUUUAUUGUUAUUGUUAUUAUUAAUAUUUUAAUUUACUUUUUAUUUUAAUGUUGUUUUUGUUAUUUUUUAAUAUUAUUAGGUGUGGGAUGAUGACGCCGGACCAGAUGACCGCCUGGGAACCUGCACCACCACCAUCUACCCAGGAACACACAUCGAGACCUGCCACCUGAAGAAAGGCACCGUCUACUACACCUACACCUACCAGAAGGAAUACCAGCAACAGAAUGAUGAUUAGAUUUUAACCUAUGACCUUGUGUCUGAUUGAUUCUCUCACCCUGUCACUCAUGUAUUCACCACCUUAUAACGUCAAUUAAAAAAACUUGCUUCACGGCAAGA